GCCAAAGUUCACCGUCACUGUUUGCUCUGAGUUGGCCCUAGCGCGGCUACCUCCUUGUUAUAUACGCCUUCUUCCCCAUAAAAUCUACCCCAACCGCGCCGAACUCGAUCUUGGACACACCACCACGCAGAAGUAGCCAUGGCAAGUGUGACCCAGCAUCGCAGCCGCAGCCCCACCAUCAAGACACCGUCCGCCUCGAGCGACGAAGGCACUUUAGCUGACGCUCCGCUCAACGAUGACAUAUCUGUUGACGCUCCGCUGAACGACGACAUAUCUGUUGACGCUCCGCUCAACAACGACAUAUCUGCUGACGCUGAGCAUCACGAUGAUGGAUCGUCCCAAGAUAACUCUGCUCACGAUGAGAUCGCUCCUCUCGGCGCCAACGUAGUUGAAGCUCUCAGGAUUGUUAGCAAACUAGAGCAAUUGGGCCUUGACAAGCAGCAGAUUUCGCUACCCAAGUGCAUUGUUCUUGGGCAACAGUCAACUGGCAAGUCCUCCGUGAUUGAGGCUAUCUCUGGGAUCAAGACUCCACGGGAUACUGGGACAUGCACGCGCUGUCCCCUGUUCAUCGAGCUGCAGCCAUCUAGCGAAGCGGGAAGCGCUUGGCACGCUGAGGUCUCUCUACUACGCCAGUAUGAUCUUGCGACAGACUUGAGUCACCGCGGCCUAGACACUGAGUUCGAAGGCUGGGUUUCACGCGCAGCUUCAAAGAAGAUACCUUUUGUCCAGACCAAUGACCCCUCAGAAUUGGAGUAUCUUAUACGAUGCGCCCAGCGCGCUACCCUGAGCCCUCUGGAAAAUCCGAAGUCUUUUCUGGAUCGAGCGUUCAACACCGGAUCCAUUCACAAGACCUUGUUCAGUCCCAAUAUCGUGCGCAUCGUUAUUUCGAAACCCGGCUUGCCGCCACUAAGCUUCUUCGAUCUCCCUGGCAUGAUCGGUCAAGCCGAGAGCGACGAUGAGGCGUUCACAGUACCACUAGUUAAGAGCUUAGUGACCAAGUACAUCAUGGAUCCGGAGGCUCUGGUGCUUGUCACUUGUGCUCUGGAAAACGACGUUGCCAACUCGAUGGCUGCUGGGCUUGCACGGGACAUGAACGUAACCAGUCGCUGUAUGGGGGUGCUUACGAAACCCGAUCGUCUGCCUCCGGGCGAGUCUCCGCGAGGCCUCGCGAACAUCUUGGACGGUCACCGCUUCGCCAUGGGACAUGGAUACUUCAUUGUGAAGAAUCUGAACUCAGAUGAGAUCAACCAAGGUCUGACCCAUCAAGAUGCUCGAAGGCUAGAGCAACAAUUCUUCACCACUGUCGCGCCAUGGUCGACUGAUCUUCGAUCAUAUCAGUCACGCUUUGGUACGGUUAACAUGCAGCAAUACCUGUCUUCCGAGCUCGGUAAACGGGUGAUGUUCAAGCUGCCCGUCAUUCAUCGUCAGAUUGAAGACUGUCUUGCAGCAAUUGAGGAAGAGCUGAGCCGUAUACCCGAUACGCCUCUACACACCGCUGUGCGCACAGUCGCUGAUGUCAUCCAAGACUUUUCGGCUGAAGUGCGCAGCGAGAUGGCGGGGGACUACGGCCACAUUUCCUGGAACAAUACCUGGAAGGCCUGCCAGAAGGCUUUCUGGGAUGAUCUGUUCAAGCUGAAGCCCGCUUUGUCUACCACCACCGGUGAACUGGACCAGGAUCUAUUUACAUUCAUGCUUCCAGGUCAGACGGCCGACGAAGCUAUGGUGAUUGAUUCGGAUAAUGACAUGGAGCCAGAGACGCCGAGCAAGAAGCGCAAGCACGAUACGCCGACUAAGCGCAAGCACGAUUCGUCGACCAAGCGUGAGCCGCAAACGUCAGCACCUUCAACAUCUCCCUUUCGGACUCCCAAAGCGCCUGCCGCCAAAGCCUCACGAGUCCUUUUUCAGAGCUCUCCUUCUCUCCGUCAAUCUGGCAAUAUUGCGAAGCCGCGAAAGUGCUUCAAGCUCGAUGAUGUUGCUCGUCACCUCAGUUCGGCCUCUAGGAGCCGUGUGCCAGGACAGAUCGACCCGCAGGUCCGCGAGGAGAUGAUGGUAGCGCCUCUUGAGAACUGGCCCUUCAUACUCGACGGCUUCUUCAGCGACCUUGAGUCUCGCCUGAAGUUGCGCCUCCAGACGUUAUUCGAUCAACAUUUUCGAGAGUGGAAGGGGUCUGAGCUGUAUACGGCUUCAUUUGCGAUCGUUGAGUCUAUCGUUGACAACAAUCUACGCGAGCAGCGAACUACAAUGGCGGCCGAGAGUCUAGAUGACGAGCAUGGAGGACCGCAUAUUUUCCACGAGGAUGUCUUCAACACGGACAAAGCUGCCGUUAUGGACAGGUACACCCAGGCACGCUCUGACGCCCGACUCAAGCUGUACUACGCUGAAUACGCCGCGCAUUAUGAUCGAGAGAUGUCGCCAGCCGAAAAAGAGCGAUUCCGCAAGGACGACAAGAAGAUGGCACAGAUUAGGAAGGAGCCAUACUCCCAUGAGAUUGACUUGGUUGCAGACAUCUCAACAUACUACAUGAUCGCCGCCCGCCGUUUCCAUGAUUCUAUUACCAUGCGAAUCGAAUCUAAGUUCUUCAAGCAGUUGAGGUGCAAGCUCCGCGACCAGCUUCAGGAUGAGCUCGGUAUCUAUGAUGCUGAUCAAGGACCUUACAACGCUCAACGUCUGUUAGCAGAGUCGCUGGAGCGCCUAGAGCGCCGCAACAUUCUUGUGGCCAAGAAGAAGGCACUGGUACAAGGGCUUCGCUGCUUCCAAGAGCACUUCCAGAAGUACCAAGCCCAGAACGGUUCCGACCACGCCCCCCUCGCACAGUCCAACUACCAGCGUCCUUCGGUGUCUACUCCGCGGACCGAAGCGAUGGAAAGUGUGCGGUCUCACGGCUUGCCGCUGCGCUCUAUGAGCCGCCCCGCUGCCUAGACCUCGACUCUGUUUCACAAAUUUCGCUUUGCAUGGCAUGUCGCUUUGGUGCGCGGUCGUUCUGAACAGACCGUCUUAGUGGACCAAUUUCCAUGCUGACUCGCAGCGCGCACGCGUAGGAUUCUUACUGCCCCAGAGUCUCCAAAGUCAAUUGGCAGUUUCGGCAGACACAGUACGAGCAACGUACGAGCUUUUCACUCUGAACGUCGAUAGUCAUUCGAAGCAUCACACUCAUUUUGAUUCGACUUCUGCAGAGCAGUCACGAGCUGCCUUGGGAUCACUCCAGUAGUAGCGAUCUUGCUCAAGUUCUUGC